AUGCGCUGGGAGAUGAAAGGCGCCAACGUGUUGUUCAGUGUAGGUAAUUCGUGCAUUUUGUACUGGAAAGUGGGUGGAUGUGCAGCUGACACGCAUGGCUUAGUUGUACUAGGACUCCAGCAAUGUAAUGGGUCAUUCCAAGGUGACAAAUGGGGCGAAACAGACACAAGAUUCCUGUAUUGUGCUACGAAUGUGCUGGCACAUCUCGGCGCGCUCGACGAACUAGACCAUGAAAAGACGAUUCAGUGGGUCUUGCGAUGCUCCAAUUUUGACGGUGGAUUCGGGCUCACAGAGGGUGCAGAGAGUCACGCGGCACAAGUUUUCACAUGCGUUGGAGCGCUGUCGAUCCUGCACGCAUUGGACCGGAUCGACCAAGACACAUUAGCAUGGUGGCUCGUGGAGCGUCAAGUUCCGGGCGGUGGCCUCAAUGGACGGCCGCAGAAACUCGAGGAUGUCUGCUAUAGUUGGUGGGUGCUCUCGUCACUGAGUCUGCUGCAUCGUUUGCACUGGAUCGACUCUGAAAGACUGUGUGCAUUUAUCCUAUCAGCGCAGGAUCCAGAGCGAGGUGGCAUUGCCGAUAGGCCGGACAAUGUAACAGAUGUGUUUCACACGCAGUUUGGCGUUGCUGGACUCUCGCUUCUUGGCUAUUCGGGGCUACAGCGUGUCGAUCCAACGUACUGUAUGCCCUGCCACAUCACAAAAGCCUUGGGCAUUCAGCGUCCCUUUCAAAGUCGACCAUAA